AUGCCGGAGCAAAGCAACGACUACCGCGUGGUGGUGUUCGGGGCGGGCGGCGUGGGGAAGAGCUCCCUGGUGCUGCGCUUCGUCAAGGGCACCUUCCGCGACACCUACAUCCCUACCGUGGAGGACACGUACCGCCAGGUGAUCAGCUGUGACAAAAGCGUGUGCACGCUGCAGAUCACAGACACCACCGGCAGCCACCAGUUUCCCGCCAUGCAGCGCCUGUCCAUCUCCAAGGGACACGCCUUUAUCCUGGUCUACUCCAUCACCAGCAAGCAGUCGCUGGAGGAGCUCAAGCCCAUCUACCAACAGGUGCUGGCCAUCAAGGGCAACGUGGAGGCCAUCCCCAUCAUGCUGGUGGGCAACAAGAGCGACGAGACCCAGCGCGAGGUGGACACCAAGGACGGCGAAGCUCAGGCCAGUCAGUGGAAGUGCGCCUUCAUGGAGACGUCGGCCAAGACCAACCACAACGUGACCGAGCUCUUCCAGGAGCUGCUCAACCUGGACAAGAAGCGCAACAUGAGCCUCAACAUCGACGGCAAGCGCUCGGGGAAGCAGUCGCGUGCCGAGAGACUGAAGGGCAAGUGCAGCGUCAUGUAA